CGGAGUUGGCUUCGUCCCCUUUUUUGAAUUUCGUGUUUUUUUCCCCUUGCCCUUUGAACGGUCCAUGAUGCCUUGCGUCAGUAACGAAUUUGGUUUGACGGCACAGUUUAGGCGCCAUUUACAAGAUACAGUUUUCGAGCAGGAAAGCGACUCGGAAUGACACUGGGCUGAAUUUGGUGGAUUAUAUUUGCCGAUUUUGGGAUUUUUCACACUUUCUGUAAAAUCGCCAGGUGGAUCAGAAAGGAAGACUUUUGACGGGCUGUUUGUAAAUUGCGCAAGAUUUCAAACCAUGCCAUCUAAACCUACAAAGGGCUCAACUGCCUCUGGUAAGCCAAGAGUGAAGGGGUCGCAGCCUCGGGAUGACUCCGAGGACGAGUUGGAUGUACCCCCUCAAGAAACCAACUCCAAUGGCCAAGAGGAGGCACCGCCGACAACUGAUUCGUCUCAGGGGGAAGCUGCCGAGGCGGUUGAUAAUCGAAGUUUGGAGGAGAUUCUCGGUAGCAUCCCUCCACCCCCGCCCCCAGCAAUGACCAAUGAACCGGGCGCUCCUCGCCUGAUGAUCACACAUUUAGUUAAUCGCAACUUUAAAUCGUACGCAGGCGAGCAGAUUCUGGGGCCUUUUCACAAGCGCUUUUCCUGCAUCAUUGGACCCAAUGGAAGUGGAAAGUCCAAUGUGAUAGAUUCAAUGCUCUUUGUGUUUGGAUAUAGAGCUCAAAAGAUCAGAUCGAAAAAGCUCUCAGUGCUGAUUCACAGCUCUGAUAAGCACAAAGAUGUGCAGAGCUGUACUGUGGAGGUGCAUUUUCAAAAGAUUAUUGAUAAGGAAGGAGAUGACUACGAAGUCAUCCCCAACAGCAAGUUCUAUGUUUCCAGGACUGCCAACAAAGACAAUUCUUCAGCUUACUAUAUCAAUGGCAAGAAAGCCACAUUCAAAGAAGUGGGGGCUUUACUCCGAAGCCAUGGUAUUGACCUAGACCACAACAGAUUUCUGAUCUUGCAGGGUGAGGUGGAGCAGAUUGCCAUGAUGAAGCCUAAAGGCCAGACGGAGCAUGAUGAGGGGAUGCUGGAGUACCUCGAAGACAUUAUUGGUUCUUGUCGUCUGAAGGAGCCUAUCCAAACCUUGUCUCGCCGCAUUGAGUUGCUCAAUGAGCAAAGAGGAGAGAAGCUAAACCGAGUAAAACUAGUGGAAAAGGAAAAGAAUGCUUUGGAGGGAGAAAAGAACAAAGCUGUGGAGUUCCUCUCUCUGGAGAAUGACAUCUUCAAACACAAGAGCCGGCUCUAUCACUAUUAUGUCCAUGAUUUGCAGAAACGAAUGGUGGACAAACAGCAGGAGAAGCAGAACAUCUUGGAGGAAACCAAAGAACUCACUGAAAAAAAUGCAAAGAUUUCACAGGAGAUGGAGAAAAUGAAUGAAGAGCUUAAAAAUGUAGAAAAGAAACAAAAUAAGAUCAACAAGUACAUUGAGACGCAGAAGGAGAAGUUCACCCAGCUGGACCUGCAGGAUGUUGAAGUGCGUGAGAAGAUUAAACACUCCAAGAGUAAGAACAAGGCAUUGCAGAAGCAGCUGGAAAAGGAUCAGAAAAAGUUGGAGGAAGUGCGCAGUGUACCAGCCAGCAGUGAAAAGGCCAUCUCUGAGGCAACAGCCUGCAAGGAAGACCUGGAGAAACAGAAGGUAAAAGAAGAGGAAAAGCUCAAGCAAGUGAUGGAGAGUCUGAAGGAGGAGACAAGUGGCUUGCAACAGGAUAAAGAGACAAAAGAGAAGGAGCUCAUGGAACUCAGCAAAGCUGUAAACGAGACCCGCUCUCGUAUGGACCUCUCGCAGUCAGAGCUUGACAUUUACCUGAGCCGCCACAAAACGGCCCUGACCCAGCUCAACACGGCCAAACAGACGCUUCAGACAACAUCAGACACUCUGCACGAGCGCCGCGCGGCCAUCAAAGACCUGGAAGUUCAGAUACCCCAGAAAGAGCAGCAGCUCAAGGAGGACCAGAGGGAGCUGGACCAGCUGAUGAAGACGGAUAACGAGACCAAGGAGGUGGUGAGGGAACUGAGGCAGAAAGUAGAUGAAGCCAAGAGUUCUCUGUCGUCGAAUCGCAGUCGAGGAAAAGUUCUGGAUGCCUUAAUGCAGCUAAAAAAGAGUGGCAAAAUUCCAGGCAUAUACGGCAGACUGGGAGACCUCGGAGCCAUAGAUGAGACUUACGAUGUGGCCAUUUCCUCUUGUUGUGGGGCUCUGGAUAAUAUUGUGGUGGAUACCAUUGACACGGCUCAGAAAUGUGUCACAUUCCUCAAAGAGCAAAACAUCGGAGUUGCUACUUUUAUUGGUCUCGACAAGAUGAAGGUGUGGGAGAAGAGCAUGGCUCCCAUUCGCACUCCAGAGAACAGCCCUCGCCUCUUUGACAUGGUUCGAGUGAAUGAUGACAAUGUGCGACCAGCUUUCUACUUUGCCCUGAGGGACACCCUAGUGGCCCAAGACAUGGAGCAGGCCACGAGGAUGGCCUUCCAGAAAGACAGGCGCUGGAGAGUGGUGACCCUGAAGGGACAAAUCAUUGAAAUGGCUGGAACCAUGACCGGUGGAGGAAGAGUCCUAAAAGGCAGAAUGGGCUCUUCUAUUGGCACAGAAGUUUCACAGCAGGAGCUCGACCGUAUGGAGAGCAAGCUAAAUGAGAAAGUGUCAAAGCUGCAGGGCUGCCAAGAGAAAAGGCUGCAGCUGGAGGAGAAUGUCCAGCGCCUCCAGCCUCAGCUCAGAGAGAUGAAGAACACUCUGGAGAAAUACGCCAAGAGCAUGACCAGUCUGGCUGACCAGGAGACCCACUUAAAACUUCAGAUUAAGGAGCUUGAAGCCAAUGUGCUGGCAGCUGCCCCAGACAAGGCCAAACAGAAGCAGAUGGAGAAGAGCCUGGAGGCCUUCAAAAAAGACUACGAGUCAGCAUCCAGCAAAGCCGGGAAGGUGGAAAACGAGGUGAAAAGACUCCACAACCUGAUUGUUGACAUCAACAGUCACAAACUGAAGGCUCAGCAGGACAAGCUCGACAAGAUCAACAAGCAGCUGGACGACUGCUCGUCCACCAUAACCAAAGCCAAAGUGGCCAUAAAGACCGCCGAUCGCAACCUCAAAAAGUGCGAGGAGAGCGUCACGCGUGUGCAGGGCGAGCUGGAGGAGAACGAAAAGCUGAUGGUGGAGCUCACCGAGCAGCUGAAGAAGCUGGAGGAGGAAGCCGGGGAGAUCAUGAAGGCCUGUCAGGAGGCAGAGGCGGCGCUCCCGGAGGUGCAGGAGCAGCACCAGGCCGUGUCCAAGCAGAUAAAGGCGCUGCAGCAGCAGGAGCACGCCCUGCAGGAGCAGUCGCUCAGCGUCCGGCUGGCCAUCGAGCAGAUCGACGCCACCAUCAGCAAGCACAACGGCAAGAUCAAGUACUGGCAGGACGAGGCCACCAAACUCUCCCUUCAUACGAUCGAAGGCCAUCCAGCAGAAGAACUUCCUGUUCUGACUCCUGCUGAGCUCGAAGCCAUCUCGGAUCCAAACGUCAUCAUCAACAAGAUGAGCACGUUAGAGAUCCAGUGUGGUCAGAUGAAGCCCAACCUCGGAGCCAUCGCCGAGUACAAGAAGAAGGAGGAGCUGUACCUGCAGAGGGUGGCCCAGCUGGAUGAGAUCACCACAGAGAGGGACAGCUUCAAGCGGGGCUACGAGGACCUGCGCAAACAGCGGCUCAACGAGUUCAUGACCGGGUUCAACAUGAUCACCAACAAGCUGAAGGAGAACUACCAGAUGCUGACCCUGGGAGGGGACGCAGAGCUGGAGCUGGUGGACAGCCUGGACCCGUUCUCUGAGGGCAUCAUGUUCAGUGUCCGCCCUCCAAAGAAAAGCUGGAAAAAGAUCUUUAACCUGUCUGGAGGAGAGAAGACGCUCAGCUCUCUGGCUCUGGUGUUCGCCCUGCACCACUUUAAGCCCACGCCGCUCUACUUCAUGGACGAGAUAGACGCAGCGCUGGACUUCAAGAACGUCUCCAUCGUGGCCUGUUACAUAUAUGAGCAAACGAAGAACGCACAGUUCAUCAUCAUCUCGCUCAGGAACAACAUGUUUGAGAUCGCCGAUCGUCUCAUCGGCAUCUACAAAACGCACAACACCACAAAGAGUGUCGGCAUCAACCCCAAGACCAUCGUCUUCAAAGAGCACGACGCCAUCACGGCCUGAGCUGGACACUCUUUACCUUCCUUACCCCCCCCCCCCCCACAUGUACAGAUUUUUAUGAAAUGCUGCUAUUCUUACCGAAUAAACUUUUUUUCAUGAAAGCUGUGUUUAGAAAAUAUGACACCUGAAAACUAUAAACACAAAAACAAAGUUUAUUAUAUUUUAAAUACAUGAAGCCAGUUUAUAUUUUUCUAAAUGACAUUACUAAAAGAGUCAUAACUAGUUAGAAAUCCUUUGUUUUCCUAUGAACACAUUUCAGUCAGCGGAAGAGGGCUGCUGCCACUCAGCUAAAAUAAAAACACGAGUGUCAAAACAAAUGCGGAUUUCACUUCAGCAGGAGCUUCCACAGCAUUAUGUGGAAAGCCACGCCCAUGGUCAGCCUUAAGCCACGCCCACAGCGGGCUCCACAUUUCACACUGUUGUGUAGAGAUGACAAACGGCUGCUGAGCUCCACCACAGGAUGGAAGUGUUCCUCCACGCCCUAACAGACGGGUUAGCCCAAACGUCUCCGGUCAGUAACAGUGAAGCAUAAAAACACUGGGCAGAGUAACGGGUCAGUUUAAGGCCACUCGAGGUGCCCGCUGACCCCAAGUCCACCCGCGGAUUAACGUGCACAUGCAGCUCAUGAAUUUGAGGACCUUGCUGUAAUUUUUCAGCCAGUUUUACACUUUUAAAAAAAUAAUUAUUUAGCUCACUUUUUUAACGUUUCAAUGUUUGGUUUAACUCUCAGUCGUCACAUCAGAAGAAAUUUAAAGUCUCAUUUUCAUUAUUUUGGUUUCAGAACUGUUUCAACACUGAAACACGUCCUUGGAUAUAAAUUCAUAAAAGCAGCUGUUUGUAACAAUGAUCGAAGUGGAUUCUUUUUUUUUCCACCAUACGGGAAUUGAGGCUGUCUUUAGGGAUUUUGAGGGGCGGUUUUCAUCCUUUCACGGAAACAGGCUUUUAAACAUGGCAGCCACGUGCUGGGUGACCUUCUCGCUGACCGCGGUCAGCUUGGAGCUCCAUCCCUGCUCGCCGGCCCCCAUCAGAGCGCACGCCGCCGCCGCCAGCUCGCUGCCCAGGCUGUGGACCACCUGGCUGCAGCGCCACAGCAACGCCCCCCCGCCCGGGCCCCCCCACAGCGCCCCCCCCACCACCAGCACCAG